AUGACUAAGAAAUUUGUACCAACAAAAACAUAUUUUUUAAGAAGUAAAACCAAACCUACACAGAAAGAACAGGAUGAAAAAGAAAAGGUAAAAGUAGACACUGAAAAAAGAGGCAAAAAAAGAAAGCGGCAUGCUGAGGAGACGAUUGAAGGUGAAGUUGAGGAGACGAUCGAAAGACACCCGUUCCAACAUCUACUCAUUCCUAUUACCGAAGAACACAUUAUCAGAACUCCUAUUACCUUAGCAGAAACUAAAUUAAUCUACGCGACGCCAGAGAGAUUACAUUCUGAGGACCAGGACCAGGUUCAGUUACCUGCUAGUAACUCAAACGAAUUUAACUAUGAAACGCCAAAGAGGAGACGACGUUCAAAUGACCAGUUACAUAGUCCCAGUACACCAACAACUCCCAUGACCCCAAUAAAUUCUUUCAUUCAACAAGAUAUUACCAGUUCACCUAGUCCACUCUAUAUUACACCUGAAAGUAUACGAACUGUUGAUUUAAUUAAUUUAAUUAAGAAACCUUUAGAUCCAUCAUCCGAAGUGAUUAAACAAAUGAAAUUGAUUUUCCGAUUAUCGACCCUUGCUACGAAGCUCAUUGGCCGUGACAAGGAGCGCGAGGAGAUUAAGAAUUUUCUUAGAAACAACAUAAUCGAAAAAACAACAGACAGUUUAUUAGUGGCUGGUAUUCCUGGUACUGGGAAAACAGCACUGGUCAAUGAGGUUUGGAAUAACAUGAAAGAUACAAUCGCCAAAGAAGCUGCUUGUUCUAUCAAUUUUAUUAUGAUAAAUUGUAUGAACAUGGGAGAUCCAAAAAAGAUUUUCGAAAACCUUCUGAAUAAUUUGGAUCACAAUGUCAUUUCAAAUAAGGCGGAAGAAAUUUUAGCGAACAAAUUUUUGAAAUCUAAAAAGAAAAAGAAUAUUAUGCACGUUAUCGUAUUAGAUGAAAUAAAUAUGCUUGAAACAUAUCAUCAACGAAAAUUAUUUGGAUGGACUAAUAUUCAAAAUUCAAAUUUAAUUUUAAUUGGAAUAACUAAUCGCCCACAAAAUAAUAAUAGUUUUACAAAAAGUUUGUAUUUUACGCCGUAUAGUGCGUCCGAACUAAUAGAUAUUAUUAAAGAUCGCCUUGUCGUCGCGCAAAAUAGCACUUUUACUGCGUCAUCGCAGGAUUUGAAUACAUCAUUAAUACAAGAUAAAGCAAUUGAACUGUGUGCAAAAAGAAUUGCUGCAAGCAAUGGAGAUUGUAGAAAAGCUUUAGAAGUUUUUAGACAAGCGAUGGAAUUAGUAGAAAUGGAAAGAGAAGAUAGUAAAUCACUUAGAGAUACAAGUUCUCCGAUCGUUACAAUUCAACAUAUUAACCAAAUUACUAAUACAGAAAUUACUGGAAAAUCUACAAUAAAAAGAUUAAAAGAAUUGACGGUUCAUCAGUUACUUAUAAUCUGUACUUGCGUAAUCAUGAACAAAAAGAAAAUUAAUAAGAUUACAUAUGCGGAGCUACGUUCGGAAUAUCAAAAACUCUGCCGUAAAGGUAACAUCAUCACUCCAAUUAGCUCAAGCGAAUUUCAUGUCUUAAUACAAAGACUGGAAUUUGCAACCUUUUUACAAUGUAAUCGUGCGAAAGUUGCAGCGAACCGCAAAAUUAAAUUGUUAGUUGAAGAAGAAGAUUUUAUGGCAAUAACGAAAGAUCACCCGAUUUUGAAUCUUAUUGAUUUUGAAAAAUUCACGCUAGAAGAGAGCUAG